AAAGAUAAGCAAACAAGCUCAGUCUCCAAUAUUUCUUCAUCUCCCUCCGCUGUCAAACCCUAGCCCUCGCCUCUAGCGCACGACGCUUCCAUUCCUGACUCUCACUCCUUUAUCUUUCUCCCUACCAAUAUACAUCUUCUGGUUUCUGCUUUAGGCCUUGGGGGAUUCAGCGUCGGACUUCCGGAUACUCCGAGACUCUUCAAAAGAGAAAGGUCUGUGUUUGCAUAACUCUGAGAUGGAUGGUAGGCAGGAUUCGGAUAUUGAUGAUGAUUUUAGUGAAAUAUACAAGGAAUAUACUGGUCCUCAUGGAUCUGCUGCUCCUAAGGCACAAGAAAGGACUACUACAAUAAACAAAAGGUCCCAUACUGGUUCUGAUGAGGAAGAAGAGGCACGUGACCCAAAUGCUGUUCCUACUGAUUUUACUAGCCGAGAAGCAAAGGUUUGGGAAGCUAAAUCCAAAGCAACUGAGAGAAACUGGAAGAAAAGGAAGGAGGAAGAAUUGAUUUGCAAAAUAUGUGGAGAGUCUGGACACUUUACACAGGGCUGUCCAUCAACGCUUGGAGCUAAUCGAAAGUCUCAAGAUUUUUUUGAGAGAGUGCCUGCUAGGGAAAAUCAUGUGAAAGCCUUGUUCACUGAGAAAGUGGUAACUCAGAUUGAGAAGGAUAUUGGUUGCAAGAUUAAAAUUGAGGAGAAAUUUAUUAUAGUCAGUGGGAAGGACAGGUUGAUUUUGAAAAAGGGUGUGGAUGCUGUUCACAAAGUAAAAGAAGAGGGUGAGAAAAAAGCAUCUUCCAGCUCUCACAUUUCCAUGUCCAGGACACCUGAGCACCGAAGUCCUGUUAGCUCUCGUAUUGUACACUCUGAAUUGCAGAGAUCUAAUCACAGCCCGCAUAGACCCUCUCAGUUCCAUCCCAGGUCUGCCAGGCAAGAGAAGAUCAUCGAAGACCGUUUUCAUGAAGAUGUACAAAACAUUUCAAGGGGUUCUCCCCAAGCAAGAGCUUAUGGUAGUGAUGGAGCUAGAGGACGUUCAACCCACUCAAGGUCUCCAGCUCGUCGGUCUUUUUUGGCCAACUCAUACAAUUCACGUGAUGGUCAUAGUCAAAGUAGGGGUGCUUACAGGACUGAUGGAUGGAAUGCUGAGCCACGGUUGUCUGACAUGAAAUCUGGCCAUAAUGUUGACUACCCAGCUUUUCUUCAGACAUUGGAAGAAAUAGAAUUGGAAUAUAGAAGAGAAGCUGAUGAUCUGGGAAGAAUUCGGGACAAGGAAGAAGAUGAAGAGAAUAAUAAGCAUCGUGAGGUUGUUAGAGAAAUUAGGGAGAACUACAUGAAAAAUAUUGGUAUCCUCAGAGGGGCAUAUGCCAAACAACGGGAAGAGUUUGUUCAGCGAGAUGCUCAAAGAAGGCUACCACAGGCUAACCAGCAUAUGCCCACUUCUGGAUUUGGUCAUCCAUACAAUCAAACUGGUUAUCCUGAGUAUGAGAAUUCUGCAGGCAAUGCACACUAUUCUGGGCCCAAUAUGCCUAUGGACUCUAGAAGCAGGUAUCCAAAUCCCAUGGAAAGUUAUCCUCCUUCAAGGCCCCAUGACAACUAUGGUGAUUUUCGUCAGAGACGCAAUGAUUUUGGGAAAACCUUUAAUCGGUUCUAAAAUGGUAGGUUGAUGUCCCGUUCAGUGAGUUUCUUUAACAAGUAGAGAGCUCAAAAAUUUUGUUGUGUAUUAUUUUCCACUGGGUCCAGUCUUGGUUGGGCAUUGUACAGCAUGGCAUGCAUUUAUGUUGGAAAAUAUGGAUCUUUAGGAUGAUUCUAAGAAUUGUGUGGGGCUUCCAGAACACGCAUUGUCACCAUUCCAUUUUUGGAUUGAUGAGGAUGUGGAUUUUGUGAUUUUCUAGGUUUGAGUUGGAUGGGGUGGCAUUCUUCAUCAAUUUGUAUACGUGGAUUUCCAGCUUUUUUCUACAGCAUUAGCUUAAAUUGCCACUUCAAAAAAUUUCAGGAUCCUGGGUGGGGGCACGACUAUGCAGAAGAAUCUAUGAGUGUAAGUGUUCUUAUUUAUCACAAUUUCAAGAUGCUGGAUGAACAGAGUAUUGGCUUUUUCAUUUGAAAUUUGGCUGCUUUGGUAGUUAAGUGCUGUGGUCAGUAGAAGUAGAAGAUGGUUUUAUCUUGCUGUUUUAGGGAUAGUAGUGUUUGUAAUAUGUUUGAACUUGACACAAAGCAGUUCCUAAGAUGCCAUUGCCUAAUGAGUGGAGGAACACUCAUUUUUCAAGGAUU